UUACUGCAGUCUGAUAGUAUUCCAUCUGCGGGUCAGCUCAUUUUUCUCUCAUACGCUUCUCUUCCGUCGAGAGUUACUAGAAGGAAGGAUGUCGCAUCGCAAAUUUGAACACCCAAGGCAUGGUUCUUUGGGAUUUCUCCCCAGAAAACGAGCAUCGCGCCACCGAGGAAAAGUGAAGGCGUUCCCCAAAGAUGAUACCACAAAACCUUGUAGGUUGACUGCUUUUGUUGGGUAUAAAGCUGGGAUGACUCAUAUUGUUAGAGAAGUUGAAAAACCUGGGUCAAAACUGCAUAAGAAGGAGACUUGUGAAGCAGUGACGGUGAUUGAAACACCACCUAUGAUUGUUGUUGGUGUUGUUGGUUAUGUCAAGACGCCCCGUGGUCUCCGCUGUCUGAACAGCGUCUGGGCUCAGCAUCUCAGUGAGGAAGUAAAAAGGAGAUUCUACAAAAAUUGGUGCAAGUCCAAAAAGAAGGCUUUCACCAAGUAUUCAAAGAAGUAUGAGACUGAAGAAGGUAAAAAAGAUAUUCAUGCUCAGCUGGAAAAGAUGAAGAAGUACUGUUGUGUUAUUCGGGUGUUGGCUCAUACUCAGAUCCGAAAGAUGAAGGGUCUAAAGCAGAAGAAAGCCCAUGUGAUGGAGAUUCAGGUCAAUGGUGGGGAUGUUGCCAAGAAGGUUGACUAUGCUUAUAGCUUCUUUGAAAAGCAGAUUCCAGUGGAUGCUGUUUUCCGGAAAGAUGAGAUGAUUGAUGUAAUUGGGGUAACCAAAGGUAAGGGCUAUGAGGGUGUAGUGACCCGCUGGGGUGUGACCCGCCUCCCUCGUAAGACUCACCGUGGUCUUCGCAAGGUUGCCUGCAUUGGUGCCUGGCACCCAGCAAGGGUUUCUUUUACAGUUGCUAGAGCCGGGCAAAAUGGUUACCACCACCGCACAGAGAUGAACAAGAAAAUUUACAGAUUGGGGAAAGCUGGUCAGGAGUCUCAUACUGCUAUCACGGAAUUUGACAGGACUGAGAAGGAAAUCACUCCAAUGGGAGGUUUCCCACACUACGGUGUUGUCAAAGACGAUUAUCUGUUGCUAAAGGGUUGCUGCGUGGGGCCAAAGAAGCGUGUUGUGACUCUGAGGCAGUCGCUCUUGAACCAGACAUCUCGGGUUGCAUUGGAAGAGAUCAAACUGAAGUUUGUUGACACAUCAUCGAAAUUUGGCCAUGGUCGCUUCCAGACAACCGAGGAGAAGGCCAAGUUCUAUGGACGACUCAAAGCCUGAGAAGAGAGGAGAUCUAUUUAUCCCAAAUUUGUUAGAGUAGGAGUUUGCGUUCUGCAGUAGGAAGUUUUUUUGGUUAUCACUUUUUUAUCAUUUCAUCCUGUAUUUGUUUUGUUGGCCGACUUCUCCAUUCGCCGCAUCCUUAAUGACUGAAUGGUUCCAAUAAGCGGAUGCUCGACUCUUCAAAUGCUGACUUAAA